AUGACUGUCAAUCCCAGUCAGCCUUGGACUGGUUCAAGAUGGAUGAUGCACCUUGGAGACUUUGCAAAUAUGCUGAAAGCAUUUAUUGGUUCCAACUAUCUAGGUGUCGCCUAUGCAUUUAAACAGAGUGGAUUGUUGCUGGGAGUAGUCUGUCUUCUUAUCAUCGCCAGCCUCACUGAUCACUGUUGCCAUCUCAUAGUUAAGACCAAGUAUCAUGCUAUGAAGAUAUUGCUGAGUCAGUUUAAAGUCAAAAAACAACUCUCUGAACGAUAUCAAACUGAAAACCACGUCAGCAGUGACAGCAGUGACAUCCCCAAUGUGGACAUUGAAGUUGAUGAACUGGCCAUAUUGAAACACCAUAUGAUGAAGCACAUGUCGUAUGGUGACAUUGGUAGACUAUGUUUUGGGAAAAAAGGUCUCUUGCUUGUUAAUCUUUUUAUUGGUACCACCCAGUUCUGUUUUUGUGUUGCAUACUUCAUAUUCAUUGGGAACACCAUCCAUAAGCUGUUUCCUAUAGCUGUAGAGUGUAGGAAUGUAACAGCUAACAAUACCAUAACAUACCCUGUAUCCUUUCCAACUACAACCUUGGCCUCUAUGCCACACUUAAGUGAUAGUCGAGACAUUGCUGCUGGGUUAAGUGAUCUGAAUACAACAACCAUGCCAUUAAGUACUGGAAUUCACUUCACCAUACCUGAUAAUAAUUUAUCUACACCAAAUCUAACCACUAGUACACUCCCAUCCAACAUUACAAUGGCACCGACUCUGUCACCACAAAACAUGUCCACAACUCCAACUGAAAACUCCACAAAACCAUGGACACAGUCGUGUAUGGAUAAAAGCACUGCUCCUGACCUGAAGAUGUUGGUGAUGACACCGCUGCCCCUCUUUCUUGUGUUUGCUCUCAUACGCAGUAUCCGUAAUUUGAGUUGGAUCAGCGUCACUGCCAAUAUAUCUAUACUGGGAGGAUGUGUAGCUGUCUUUCUCUACAUGAUCUUCAAUUUUAGUGUGAGCAAAUUUGCUUAUGCAAAUUUUGAUGGAGUGCCUGUGUUUUUUGGUAUGGUUACAGCAGCAUUUGAAGGCAUAGGACUUGUGAUACCAGUAGAAUCAAGUAUGGAGGGAAACAGACACAACUUCAAUUGUUUCCUCCACGGGGCAGUGGGGGUACUCACUCUCAUCCUCGGUACAUUUGGUAUUAUGGGGUACAUCAUGUUUGGUGACGACGUGCAGCAGAUGAUCAACCUCAACAUCCCAUCUACUGAAUGGGUGUCAUUUGCUGUUAACAUUGGAGUGUGUGUGGGAGUGCUGCUCACCUUUCCUCUACAGAUAUACCCAGUCAUUGAACUAAUAGAAAUUAUCCUCUUUAGUGAAGGAAGUAUAUGUGGGCCUAAACAGAAAAAGGAUAGAUUGUUACAAGAGGACGACUCGGAGGAAUCUUUAUUGCCAAAUGUUACAGAAGACCUUCCUGUUACAGUAGCUGUACACAUCCCUGAUUCUGUGUCAGCAUGGAAGAGGAACAUUGUACGGAUUUUGGUUGUAGGAGCAGCUGUUGGUUUAGCAAUCAUUUUUAGAGCCAGUUUUGCUUAUAUUGGAGGGUUUACAGGAGCUGUUGGGAGUUCAGCACUAGCCUUCAUUUUACCCUGUUUAUUCCACUUGAAAUUGUGUCACAAGGAUUUGUCAUACGGAGUGAUAAUAAAAGACAUACUGAUCAUAGUGUUUGGUUGUGGUGCUAGUUGUAUCAGUCUGGUAUAUGUUAUCAAAGCACUUGUGAGUCAUACAUCUGUAUGAUGGUUGAUGUUUUCAUAUCAUCAUUUAUAAUUCCUCAAAUGCCAAGACUUAUUCACUCACAAAAUACAGGACUUGUGACAUACAGGUUUAUUAUAUUAUGCAUAAUGUGAAGAACGGACUUACUAAGGUGGCAUUAUACAAAGUUGUUCUCCUCUUAUAUUCUUUUUAAUGUUACUGAUAAUUUACAGAGUGAGUAACAGGAAGAAAGGCUCUGCCUUUACACUAUUGUAUUAUUAUAUGACACCACUGAUUUGUGCUAGAGAGAGUUUAACUGGACUUUAAACGAGUUUCAUAAUACACAGGUUUUACAUGCAUUUUAAAUACUGAUUAUACAUUCACUGUAAAUACUAUCUUAUACCUCCCAUGGCUUUCUAUACAUUAAGGAAUUGUUUACUUUCAUUUUGUAUGUGACAUUGAAAAAAAUGGUUUGCGCUGAUAAAGUACAAAUACAUAUUCAAUUGCAUGUAUGAGACAUAGGAACAGUUUCUGAGUACUUUCUGUUUCUCUGAACUUCUGAAGGUGAGGAACAGUUUUGUAUGUGAUAAUGUUAAUAUAUAUUAAUAUCUAUACCAUACUAUUCCCUAAAACAUCUUCAUGAUUCAGAAAGAACUCAAAUUCUGUGAUAAUUAUAUACGUGUGUGUAAUUAUACUUCUACAUAGAUAAUGUUUGUAUAUUGAGUGUCUGAUCUGUCCUCAUUGGUGAAAGUACUUCUGGAAUUUUUUUUUCACUAUCUGCAUAAAAUUUUUUUCUCAUUGUAAAUCUCACUUUUCAGCUGACUGUUCCAAGAUCUGGUAACAAAUGUUGUCAAGCCUUUUGGCUGUGUUAUGGUUGAUGAGAUGAAACAGUUUUGUUUACUUUAUGAUUGAUGUAUCCGACUUUUAAGAUUUUCAGGUCAUCAGAGACAAAGUCAUGGUGACCUAUUGUAAUACCAUUUUCUCAUGUAUUAUCUGUUGUUUGUCUGCAAACUUGUUACUUUUGAUACCUUUUCUGGAAAACCCCUGAACCGAUUUCAAUGAAACAGAAACUUUCCAUGGCCAAAGGUAAACCAAAUUUGUAAAUAAUAUGGUCCCCACAUCGUAGCAGCCUAAGGGGAGUGAUCAAAAAGGGUUAAAUGGACUGAAGUUUCCAAAAUCUUCUUUCAGUACCCAAAUAUGGUAGAAUCAAAUAUUCUUCAUGAAUGAGAGGGACUUAAGUUGCUUUACUCUUGUUGACCUCCAAAGGCUGAUAGGCAUGGCCAGAAAGGAUAAAAUUGACUGCAAUUUUUAAAAAAAACUUCUCAAUAUCCAAACAUGUUAGAUUUAGAUACUCUUCAUUGAUGGAAGGGUCUUCAAGUAAAACUCAUCUGUCCCUUUACGAAAAGUCAUUCCAGUUGUUUCCAUUUGUGUGUCGAACAUUUAAGCCCCGGGCCUCUUGUUGUUCUUAAAUGUAACUAAAUGCUAGCAUCAAUAAAAUUUGAAUACAACUUAAGAUAAAAUAAUAGUAACAUGAAGGAGACAGUUUUUGUGCUUCAAGUGGGUCAACAUUAAAGUUGUAUGUGAGAAUUGACAGCCACCUCAACCAUCUUGUUACUUGGGACAUACAUGUAUGGCGUGGUAGAUAUCUGAACUCCAAUGGAAUUGUCUUACACAUCUCUUGAAAAACAUGUGAAUGAACAGCUGAAAUGGAUGUACUAGCACUUGGAAGAGAGAAAAUAUAUAACUGCAUUAAAAAUGGUUAAGUAGAUAAAACUAAUUUCUUUAGCAUAUGUUCUCUAAAGUUUCUUAUUCCAUUUGUUUACAAAUCUGUAGAGAUUUAUUUGUGUAUACAUGUGUUGGCAUUACACAGCCGUACUGUAACUUUUGUUGUGAUUGUUUGUUUCAUAUUAAGAAAUGGAAUUUUCCUCUUCUUAAAAAUGAUUGAGCUGUGAUUUACAGUCUUAAUAGCUUAAGUUUCUGUUUCAAUACAAAGACAACUAUAAAAUAUACCAGUAUUUGACUUGAAAAUUAUUUUCUUUUCUGAAAUACCAUGACGUAAACAUUUCUGAUAUUUUUUAUAAAUAAUUUUACAAUGUGAUUAUGAAACAUGUACAAAAUGUAGAAUUUAUAAAUAGAUGAACAUUCUACAGAUAUAUAUCUAAAUACAUGCACAACCAAGCAAUCCUAGUAAAGUUGUUUUGAGGAAGUAGAACAAUUUUAUCCCAUGUGUACAUGUACCAAUUAAUUUUCCCAUGGACUGACUGUUAAUAUGACUCAUACCAAGGAUGUGGAAUAGAAUUUUAUUCUAUGAUGGUGCUCAUACCAGUAAAAGAGCAUUUUCUGUACCGCAACUCGUAUUAUUGCAUGAUAAUCAACAGUAGUAAAUUUGGAUUCAGUUUUAAUAGACCUGUAACUUUCACUACUGUUUUGUGUAGAAUAUUUAUUGCAGUUUUUUUUUUCAUAAUAUUUUUAUCCAGCAUUUUUAUGUGCUGUACAUUGCGUAUAUACUUCCUUAUUUUUCUCCAACUACUAUGGUGAUAAUAUAAGUUCAAGAAAGUGUGAAAUUAACAGGCCAUUCAAUGGAAAUAAAUCUAGAUGUUAUCUUAAUAUGUCUGUGGUUGGAGUGUUGGCACAAGUAACCUCAGGUAAACAUCUGAACUCCCUACCAAUGGCAGUUUUUGUUUCUCACAAAGCUGAGAAAAGGAUUGGUCUAUUUUGAUUUAGUAGUGUCCUUGGACGACACAUUUUACUCUGGAUGGCAUGCUAUAAGCUUCCUACUUAUUAAAUGAGAUAGUCACUAGCUACCCCAAGGAAACCCUUUUCUUGAUUCAGUUUAUUGUUGCUUUACAUCCUAUUAACAGAUUGGGUCAUUUACAGAUGUGUUAGGUUUGAGUGGUGGAUGAAAGCCAGAUUUUCCAAAGAUAAACAACUGACCUUUUAAAUUUUAAUGCAGAUAGUGCUAUUUUUGUUAUUUAAAAUUUGUCUAAACUUCAACGACAGAUGGUAGUUUGUUCUCACAAAUCAUUGUAAAUGAUAGUGUGUUUUUUUACAGCUCAUUUAGUUUGUACAUGCACAGACAGAUCAUGGUAAUGAAAGUACAUGUAUAAGUCAAUAAGUGAAAUUUAUUCAUUAAUUAGUAGAUACUGAUAUAUAUUUAAAUAUUGAAUUCAUGACUUACUACACAAAUAUUUCUUUGUAUCUUGCCUGGAAUUCUGUUUACAUAAUUAGUAGGAUUAACAGAUGUUGUCAUAUACAUGAAAAAGAUGUCAUAUUGAUGGAUAUAUGUGUAAACACUUUUAUGUAUGGUUUAUGUAUGAAUGUCUGUUUUAUAUGUUGAUAUACAACUCUUUUAACAGAUGGAAUCAGUGUUAAGUCACUUUACAGUACAUGCUUUGUUGUCAAAAGUGAAAACUUAUUUUAUUUGUCCAUUUGUGGCACCCAUUUAAAUUAUUUUAAUAUGUUAAUGUAUUUCUACUGUGCUCGUUUUGCCAUAUUUACGACGUGAGUAUCCCGUGUUGUGUUUUGCAUUGUACGUGUGGUGCACUCGUUGUGUUACUUCUAUAUGUUGUGCUUUGUAUUGUGAAAGUCCUAUUAUGUAUACUGUAUGUGUAGUUCGUGAAUGUCCAGAGAGUGAGUUUGUGUGACGUAUGUAGGUAAACAGGUUUGACAGGUGACGGAUACAGUACUGGACAUGCGUGCUGGUCUUUUUCAUUUUUGAAAUGGUAUACAUGUAAAUAAGUACAGGUUAAACUUUCAAAAUUACUUCUGGAAGUGAUAUCGAUUAAAUAUAAGUUGUCUUCAAAAUGUAUAUAAAGCAAUGACAAAAAACUAAGUACCAAGAAUUGAAAAAGAAAAAAGGACCAUGGAAUUUUAGUCUGUAAAUGUAUAAAACUUAUAAAGUUUUCUUUUCUGCCAUCAACCAAGGGCCUCUUAAAUUUCCAAACAGAUAUCAUUUUUGCCCCACAGAAAUAUAUAGAAUUGCCGUCUUAAACAAUUUCAUUAAAUAAUGUAGAUAUAUUUAGCAUGUGUAACACUAUCGCACACCAAGUCAUUUGCUAAUUGCUAUUUUGAUGUUGACAUUAACUUCACCUUUAGUUUUCAUACUAUUUCUUACUGUAUGUGUAUUAUCGUUGAUUAUAGUACACUCUUAUUUUAGUAAAAUCUUAAAUUUGCAUAAAGGCAACAAGAAUAAUUUCAAAAUUCGCUGUGAUGUACUUUUCAGAUAUACACUAUGUUUCAAUUAUCUUGAACAUCAACCAUGUACAAGUGAACUACAACUGAGCCAUGUUUGUUGUGAAGCAUGCUAUACUAUAGGGGUGAAGUGACGUUUCUAACCUACUAAUAGUUCUGCAUGUAUUAAUCGGCGUACAACACUCCAUUGUUAGAUGUGAUGCAUUUUUAUGCCCAAUAAUAGGACAUCAAAAUUUUAGCAUUAGAGAAAUGACUUAAACACAAAAAGUGUCAAUAUUAGAAUACUGCUUAAGUACACAUACAGUUUUUCCAUUGGAAGAAAUUUAUGAACAUCUAUAUCAGAAGCUUUUAUUUCAAAUGUUUGUAGCACAUAUUUUCUUUACAAUUUCAUACAUAGGAGUGAGGAAUUAGUUGACAUCUGGCUUACACAUCAGAUUCUGUGGGGUUUUGUCACACUAGCUAGAAGCUUGCCCUUCAUUCCUCAUAUUAUAGUUACAUUGUAUAAUUAAUUGCAUAUGAUAAUCAAGGGCUUUCAUAAUUUGUUGAUUUCCUUAUGCUGCUUUUUCUUUGAAGUUAUUUGUUAUUUCUUCAACAUUUUAUUUAAUGUGAAAUUCUGUUAGGUAAUGGACAGUUCAGAUGGUCCAUUUGUCGUAUAGAUUGGGGCCAGGAUGUCACGCCUUCUACCUCUAAUUCAUUAAAUAGAAAUGAGAGGCAAAUGUUUCAGAUAUUAGACAAUUAACCAUAACUAAACUUACUUAAAUAUCUUCAAAGAAUUAUAUCAGUCAAAUUGUCAUGAUGAAAAUUCACCAAAAACUUGUUUUUUAAUAUUACAAAAUUAAUGUUAAAAGUUUAAAACAUGUGACUUCGUCUUUCCAGUGUUCAGUUGUGGUCUCAUUUUUUGAAUAUAUAAAAAUAAUACAUUUGUAUAUGUAAUGGUUAGAAGUGUUAAGACCUCUUCAUGUUCUGGUUUAAAUCUUCUGUUCUUGUUUAAAAAAAAAUUGGUACAUCUGAUUUAGAAGGUACAUACUGCUUAUAAGCAGUAUAGUACAUCUGUUUGUCAUGAUCUUAUCCUCAACUUUGGUUUAUGAACGACUAAGGCAUCGCAGAUACUUUUGUUUUCAGGUUUUGUGUAUAAGAAUAAAUGAUGCUGUAUUUUA